AUGAGAUAUGGGGCUGCAUUUUUUGGGCUUGUGCUUCUGCUCCCAGUUUUGAUCACACUUCACCUCCUCGUUGCGCCUUAUACUAAGGUCGAGGAAUCCUUCCAUGUUCAAGCUGUGCAUGACAUCUUGGUACAUGGGUUUCCGGUUAAGACGCUGCUGACCCCGGAAGAGCGCAUUAAUUAUGAUCAUUUUGAAUUCCCGGGUGCUGUACCUCGGACAGCGGUUGGUGAUGUCGUGUUAGCGAAGCUGUUGCAGUUGGUACUUACACUGGAUGGACGGAUUGAUCCCCAGAUCCUAGCUCGAGGUAUACUGGGUCUCUAUAAUGCAUUUGCCCUGGGUGUAUUUGCAUACGGUCUUCGUCGUAGCUUUGGCCAAACAGUGGCAACAUGGUACCUUCUCUUCCAAAGCAGCCAGUUCCAUUUAAUCUACUAUGCUUCACGGCCGCUUUCAAAUAUGUUUGCCUUCGGGCUGACUACCCUGGGAAUGCGAUUUCUCCUACCGGAUAAAGUCGAUAGACCCCAUGACCAAACGCAGGGCAUGUACCGUCUAUCAUUGUGUCUUUUUACCAUUGCAGGAGUUAUCUUCCGAUCCGAGCUAGCAGUUCUGGUUGCGACUCAAACGCUCUUUCUGCUAGUAUCGCGCCGGAUUGACCUGUUCAAAACUGCUGUUCCAGCCGGUUUGAUCGGCUUGAUCCUCGGCCUUGCCAUCACAGUCUCCGUUGACUCGCUCUUCUGGCAACGCAUCCCGCUCUGGCCCGAGCUUGAAGCUUUUAUCUUCAAUGUUAUCCAUGGACAGUCUUCUGAAUGGGGCACAGAUCCAUGGUACUUUUACUUUUUCAAUGCUCUUCCUCGUCUCCUUCUCAACCCUCUGCUUUACCUGCUUGCUAUUCCUGUUGCUCUCCGCCAACCAGCAACACGCAGCCCAACACUUUCUUUCCUUAUUCCUUCACUAUCCUUUGUUGCACUUUACAGUAUUCAACCGCACAAGGAAUGGCGCUUCAUCGUUUACAUCAUUCCAUCUCUGACAGCUUCUGCUGCUCUGGGCGCCGCAUACCUCUGGACACACCGUUCCCGCUCCUGGUUCUCCCGAAACGCCUCUCGCCUGUUGAUACUUUCCACUUUUGCUGCAUUCUCACUUUCCAAUUUUGUCCUACUCCCUGCCUCUGCGGCAAAUUACCCCGGUGCCCAAGCUCUGAAUGCUCUGCAUCAGUACCAUUCUAAGACUUCAUCCUCGCACAAGUCUGCCUCUGACGAUACAUCAGUAUCAGUCUACCUUGGUAACCUUGCGUGUCAAACAGGUGUCACCCGCUUCCUACAGCUUCCUAGUGAUGAAAACAUGAAGUGGACCUACGAUAAAACAGAAGACGAGACUACGAAGUCCACGUCUACGUUUUGGGACCAAUUUGAUUAUAUUACUGUUGAGGCAUCGAUCGAUGCAGAGUCUUAUGAUGCGGAUGAGACGCGCAUGCGUAUUGCACUUCCUUCUUCGCAGUGGGAAACUGUUGAGGUUAUUGAAGGAUUUGCUGGUGUCUCAAUCAUCAGACCCGGGGCUGUAGCGGAAGGGGCUGCUGAAAGGCGGCUUUUAUCUUUCAUUGAUGGGGAACAAGCUGUUGACAUCUUUGAGAAUUUGCGAGAGGUGGCUAGGAAGGUUGUAUUGAAGGGCUGGUGGGUUGAGUUGAAGAUGAAGCCUAGACUUAAGGUGUUGAGACGGAUUAGAGAUUCUGCGCAUGUAUAA